AUGGAGGACGAGGAAGACGAGACAGUGCAGGAAAAAAGUUUCGCUGAGGACGAGCGGGUACAGUUCGUUGGCCUCCGCCUGGCCCAUUUGUUAAGGCUCAAAGAAGACAAAUGGAGCAAGUUUCUGGAAGAAGAACAGAACCAAAAGCACGCGACGGAGUUUUUAGAGAGUAACCGCCCAGCUUUCUUGGCCUUCUACCUCUCUGUGGCCGGAGGAUUGACCAUGGAGACAAAGAUACCAAGUAUUAUAAAACAUAAACUUGUAUGGGUUAUGAAGACUGCAAAUAGCAUUGGAACAGAAAACUACAAAGAAGAGCUCAGAUUGUCAGAACUGUCUGGGAUACCCUUGGAGCAUGUAAUGGUGUUUUUAGAGAAGGUUGUAGUUCCUGUUCUUUCCAGUAAGAAAAAUAACGGAUCUUGGCCACAUGUUAUUUCCCAGGAUAUGGAGCGGCAUAUAGAGAUAAUAAAAAAUAAGACCUAUGUUAUGAAUGGAAUUAUGUCUGGGAAAAUUCUUCUUCCUCUUCCAACAAUUGCAACAAAGACUGAUUUGCAGGCUAUAUGCACUGAAAAUAAGUAAGGAGUGUACAUAUAUAAGUAAUGGAAUGUGUGAAUGUCUUUGGGAAUGGGGGGGAAAAGAUGCUAUCUAGGAAACAAUCAGACAAAAGAAGCAGGAGCCCUCCAAUGGCUUAAUGGAGAAAGAGACUUGGGAAGGAUCUGGUCUAAUGGAUCAAGUGUAAGCAGAAAAUUUGUGCAUUGAAAAUUUCAAGGUUCUGUUAAUAUAACAUUACAAGAAGGUAGAAAUAAUUCAUUUAAAACAGAAUCGUAGGGCUGGAA